GAUUAUGUGCAGGUCUGUGGCACGCGCUCUUUACUAUCCUCGCGGUGAGCGCGCGCGGUGUGCCAUAAGUAAUUGAAACGAUGAGCGGACGAUAUCAGACUAAAAUCUUACCUGACACGUCUCGAGAAAAGCAGCAAAUAGUGGAUUUUACGGGGAAAUGUGAUAAUAUGCUUUUUUGAGCGGAUUUUACGAGGAAAGUGUUUCUUGACGCGGGCGAUGGGAGGUGAAUGGAACUUGACGAUGAGCGGCACGCGCUACUGUCUCCUAAAUCAAGUUUUUAUGUUUUACCUGUUUUGAUUACAGAGCCAUGGAAAUUCGCAAAAGACUGUUAAUUUUCCUUUUUUACUUGAUGUCAAAGUUUUACCAUAGUGACCAGCAAGUCAUAAGAAUCGGGGGCAUCUUUGAAACGCGGGAAAAUGAACCUGUGAGUAUGGAUGAACUCACCUUUAAAUUUGCUGUAACUAGUAUUAACCGAAACAGAACCUUGAUGCCAAACACCACGUUGACCUACGACAUCCAGAGAGUAAACCUCUUUGACAGUUUCGAGGCCUCCAGAAGAGUAUGUGAUCAGUUGGCCCUGGGGGUGGCAGCAGUCUUCGGCCCCUCUCACAGCUCUUCAGUCAGUGCCGUCCAAUCAAUUUGCAAUGCCCUGGAGGUCCCGCACAUCCAGACACGCUGGAAACACCCAUCUGUGGACAAUAAAGACAAUUUCUACAUUAACCUCUACCCUGAGUACACCUCCAUAAGCAGAGCUAUUCUGGACAUUGUCAUUUUCUACAAAUGGAAGUGUGUCACUGUGGUCUAUGAGGAUAGCACAGGAUUAAUGCGCAUGCAGGAACUGAUAAAAGCUCCAUCCAAAAACAACCUGAAGAUCCGUAUUCGCCAGCUGCCUUCUGAUGGAAGCGACAGCCGCCCCCUGCUUAAGGAGAUGAAGAAAGAAAAAGAGUUUUACAUUAUCUUCGACUGCUCCUACCAAGUAGCCGCCGAGCUUCUCAAACAGCUGAUGUCGAUGGGUAUGAUGACGGAGUAUUAUCAUUUCUUCUUCACAACUCUUGAUCUGUUUGCUUUGGAUCUCGAGCCGUACCGCUACAGUGGAGUCAACAUGACGGCCUUCCGCCUUCUGAAUCUAGAUGAUCCGUAUGUGGCUUCCGUGAUCCAGAAGUGGUCCAUGGAUCGUCAGCUUUCCCCGCCCAGACCUGAGAGUGGACUGAUGAGCGGCAUUAUGACUACAGAGGCUGCGUUAAUGUAUGACGCCGUGUUCAUGGUUGCUGUGGCAUCUCAGCGGGCCACACAGAUGACGGUGAGCUCACUGCAGUGCCACAGACACAAACCCUGGAGGUACGGCCCACGCUUCAUGAACUUGUUUAAAGAGGCGCAGUGGGAUGGUUUGACUGGUCGAAUAGUUCUUAACAAGACUGAUGGUCUACGGAAAGACUUUAACUUAGACCUCAUCAGUCUCAAAGAGGACGGCACUGCUAAGCAUUUGGCCGAUGGUGUGUCACGACCUACUAAAUUAUGGACAAAGAUUGGAGAAUGGAACUCUAUCUCGGGGCUCAACCUGACUGAGAGAAUAGACAACAACAUUACAGAUUCCCUGGCUAACAGAACCCUUAUAGUCACCACAAUAUUGGAAAACCCUUAUGUUAUGUAUAAGAAGUCUGACAAGGUGUUGUACGGGAAUGAUCGGUUUGAAGGCUACUGUCUGGAUCUGCUUAAGGAGCUCUCCAACAUCCUGGGAUUCACCUAUGAGGUGAAGCUGGUAUCUGAUGGGAAAUACGGUGCUCAGAAUGAUAAAGGAGAAUGGAACGGCAUGGUUCGGGAACUCAUAGACCACAUAGCUGACCUGGCUGUGGCUCCAUUGACCAUCACUUAUGUUCGAGAGAAAGUUAUUGACUUCUCCAAACCCUUCAUGACCCUGGGCAUCAGCAUACUCUACCACAAACCAAAUGGCACCAACCCAGGGGUAUUCUCCUUUCUCAAUCCCCUCACCCCGGACAUCUGGAUGUACGUGCUGCUUGCCUGUCUUGGAGUGAGCUGUGUGCUCUUUGUAAUAGCCAGGUUUACACCAUAUGAAUGGUACAACCCUCACUCCUGCAACCCCUCCUCUGACGUGGUUGAAAACAACUUCACACUGUUGAAUAGUUUAUGGUUUGGAGUCGCGGCUCUCAUGCGUCAAGGAUCUGAGCUGAUGCCCAAAGCCCUGUCCACCAGAAUUGUGGGAGGGAUUUGGUGGUUCUUCACUUUAAUCAUCAUAUCUUCCUACACGGCCAACCUGGCUGCUUUCCUCACAGUGGAGAGAAUGGACUCCCCAAUCGAUUCCGCUGACGAUUUGGCCAAGCAGACUAGAAUUGAAUAUGGAACCGUGAGAGAUGGAUCUACAAUGACCUUCUUUAAGAAAUCAAAAAUUUCAACGUAUGAGAAGAUGUGGGCAUUUAUGAGCAGUAGGAAGAACACUGCACUGGUGAAGAAUAACAAAGAAGGCAUUACAAGAGUGCUGACCGCUGACUAUGCCCUCCUCAUGGAGUCCACCAGCAUAGAGUACAUCACCCAGAGAAACUGCAACCUCACUCAGGUCGGAGGCUUAAUAGACUCUAAGGGCUAUGGAGUCGGCACUCCAAUAGGCUCUCCCUAUCGAGACAGGGUGACCAUUGCCAUCUUGCAACUACAGGAAGAGGGAAAGCUGCACAUGAUGAAGGAAAAAUGGUGGCGAGGUAACGGAUGCCCUGAAGAGGACAAUAAAGAGGCCAAUGCCCUGGGCGUGGAGAACAUCGGAGGUAUCUUCAUCGUGCUAGCCGCUGGUCUUGUCCUGUCUGUCUUCGUGGCCAUUGGAGAGUUCAUCUACAAGUCACGCCAAAACAGUGAUAUUGAAGAGGCCUUCUGUUUCUUUUACGGCGUCCAAUCCCGGGAGCUACAAAGAAGCGAUUCCAUCUCUUCCGCUGGUACCUCCUUAUCAACAGAUUUAGAGAGCGGGCGUCUCCUUGGGGAUGACAUGUGUUCUUCACAUUAACAACACACUUGCUGUGAUGGAAGUCCUGGGUGUAUCCCUCAGAUGCCACAGGGCACUGAGGAAGAGAAGCAGACACAGAGGAAGAUCGGGCCUGUCUGGAGUCUUAUGUAACCCCAAAUGCAUCCAGAGAAAGGAAAC